AAACGCAGGCGCGGCAGGUUGCAGGGGGAAGAUCCAGAAUUCAGUUCAGCGUCCCGGGGUCUGCCUUGAAAGAGUUUUCUAUCCUGUCCAGGCCGGCUGCGCUCCUGCCUCCGUUCGAGUCCUUUGUGACGUUGGGGAAGCUGCGGUCUCGGCCCUUUCUCAUCUAGGUACCUCUGUCCUCCCGCCUCCUCCCGGCGACCUCGUGCACUGCCCCGACCCGGCGGACCGUCUCUCCACGCGCCGGCGCCUGGCAAAGGCGCACCUGUAGGUCAGUCGCCAGGUGUGGCGGGGACAAGGCAACUUGCUCUGGAACUUGUGGACCUGGUGGGCUUCACCCGAGCGCUACUGGCGGGGCAGGGGCGGCGGACGCUCGGUGGUCGCGCGCAGGGUCGCAGUUUGGAGAAGUCAGGGCAGAGAGGGGACCACCUUCUGCAACGAUUCCUUGGAGGACCGGGCAGCACCUGGAAGGGUAGAUGGAGCUUUCCAGAGUGAUUCCUGGAGAACCUGAGGAUGUUUUCUUUAUCUCGAAAAUCUAGUAAUUUUACUAUGAUCUUACCUUGAAAUUGAUCAUCCUGGGUUACUUUUUCCUGAUAACUGAUGGGCCCUUUCGAUGUGUCUCAUCAUGUUACAGAUUUCACUGUUCCCAGCAGCUUGGAGACAAACAUGUGGCUCUUGAUAGCUCUACUCCUUUGGGUUCCAGCUGGGGGGCAAGUGGACACCACACAGGCAGUGAUUACCUUGCAGCCUCCAUGGACCAGUGUAUUCCAAAAGGAAAAUAUAACCUUAUGGUGUGAGGGGCCCCGUCUGCCCAGGGACAACUCCACACAGUGGUUUCACAACGGCACAGCCAUUCAGACCUUGACCUCCAGAUACAGCAUCAUUUCUGCCAGUGUCAAUGACAGUGGUGAAUACAGGUGCCAGACAGGUCUCUCAGUGCCAAGUGACCCUGUACAUCUGGGAAUCCACAGAGAUUGGCUACUACUGCAGGUCUCUAGCAGAGUCUUCAAUGAAGGAGAACCUCUGUCCUUGAGGUGUCAUGGAUGGAAGAAUAAGCCAGUGUACAAUGUGAUUUUCUAUCAAAAUGGUAAAGCCUUGAAGUUUUUUCCUCAGAAUUCUGAACUCACCAUUCUGAAAACCAACAUGAGUCACAAUGGCAUCUAUCACUGCUCAGGCAUGGGAAGGCAUCGCUACACCUCAGCAGGAGUAUCUGUUACUGUGAAAGAGCUAUUCCCACCUCCAGUGCUGACAGCAUCCUUGGCACUCCCGCUCUUCGAGGGGAAUCUGGUCACACUGAGCUGUGAAACAAAGUUGCUCCCACAGAGGCCUGGUCUGCAGCUCUACUUUUCCUUCCACAUGGGCAGCAAGACCCUGAGGGCCAGGAACACAUCCUCAGAAUACCAGAUACUCACUGCUAGGAAAGAGGAUUCUGGGUUAUACUGGUGUGAGGCAGCGACCGAAGAUGGAAAUGUCCUUAAGCACAGCCCUGAGUUGGAGCUUCAAGUGCUUGGCCUCCAAUCAUCCACUCCUCCAUGGUUUAAAAUCCUUUUCUAUUUGACAGUAGGAAUAAUGUUUUUUGUGGACACUAUUCUCUGUGUGACAAUACAUAAAAAGCUACAAAGAAAGAAAAAGUGGAAUUUAGCAAUCUCUUUGGAUUCUGAUCGUGGAAAGAAGGUAACUUCCUGCCUUCAAAAAGACAGACACUUACAAGAAGUGCUAAAGUGUCAGAAACAAAAAGAAGAAAAGCUGCAAGAAAGGAUACACCAAAAGAAGCCAAAUGAGGAAGAGUGGCAGCAGCUUACUGUGUAGCCAUGGAUCUGCACAGUCCCCUGCCCCUUUCUCUCUGUGUGAGCACCAGAGCACAACAGCCAAUGACAUUAGAACUGUGGGUCUCAUGGCAUGUAACACAAAUAAAGCAAAAAAAAAAGAGCUGAA